GCUGCAUCCUGCCUCUAGUCCCGCCUUCCAGGAGGAGGAGGAUCGUAGUGCCGCCUGAGCUGAGCCCUCACUCCUCACCACAGUGUGGAGCACCCAGCCGCACACUCACGCAUACACACACACACACACACACACACAUACACACACAUACACUCACACACACAGGCACAAUUACUUCCACUUGCGCAUUCACACUCGCACAGGCAAGUGGGAAGACAAGGAGGCAGCGGAAAAAGAAGGUAUCAGCCAGACGCUGGAGAGAAAGAGCACUGUUUGAUCUGUGGACUUGUGUCUGGGUUCAGGAUAGUACUGGAUUUCCCUUUUAGUGGAGUUUGUGCUGCCUCCCCUGGUGCUCCAAGCCGGACUCCUUGUGAGCUCCUUGUUCCCAGGGAUGGUUUUGGUCUCACUGACUGUGAUCAGAUUCAGCUCUCUCAGCACAGCUACAUCAUCCAUCUGUAUCGCUUCUUUGUGUAUCAGCCAGAGCAGGACACAUCGGAACAGACUGUCUCGGAAUAUCUGACAGCCUUGGGAGAGAUCUGACAUAGUGCAGACACAAGGGAACGAAAAACUACAGCGACGGAGACAAAGUCGAGGCAUGACCUGGAGACAAGGAGCUCGAUUUCCAUAAGAAGUGAUAUCUGCCACCCCCUCCUUGCUCCUUCUUCUUCCAUCGCCUCUUUCCCUUCUUUUCAUUACCACUGCUCCUUCUCUUUCUGCACAAGACCUCUCCUUCCCUGCCUCGCUGUUCUCCCUUCAUCGUCUUGUCCGAUCUCCUGUAGGAAGAGCAGGAGGAGAGUGCGGCUCGUACACUGAGAGCACAACUCCCACACAGUGACAGACAUAAGGACAGCCGGAGGUCCCGUGGCACUCCCCUUCACUCUCUCACACACUCUCCAUCCUCUUUUCACUGCCUUUUCUGCACGGAUCUAGCCUCUGGCCCAACAAGCAGAGGCAUUCAGAGUUUUGGAGCGAGCACACAAGUCUCAGUAUCCUGCCACGGCCAGAAGGAUUCCAGCUACAUGGGCAAACGUUUGGAACAGCAACCAAUGUACCCCCAGUACACCUACUACUACCCUCACUAUCUCCAGACUAAGUCCUAUGCCCCUCCCCCUCCUCCAAUGGCUCCACCCAGUCCCAGCACCAACAGCAGCAGCCAGAGUGCAGUGGAGCAGCUCAGUAAAACCAACCUGUACAUCCGUGGCCUCCCUCCUGGCACCACCGACCAGGACCUCAUCAAACUCUGCCAACCGUAUGGGAAAAUAGUGUCAACAAAGGCAAUCCUCGAUAAAAACACCAACCAGUGCAAAGGUUAUGGCUUUGUGGAUUUUGACAGUCCUGCUGCAGCACAGAAAGCCGUGGCGUCACUGAAGGCUAAUGGAGUGCAGGCCCAGAUGGCCAAGCAACAGGAGCAGGAUCCCACUAACCUGUACAUCUCCAACCUGCCGGUGUCCAUGGAUGAGCAGGAGCUGGAGAACAUGCUCAAGCCCUUUGGCCAUGUCAUCUCCACUCGGAUACUACGGGAUGCCAGUGGAGUCAGCCGGGGAGUUGGCUUUGCCAGGAUGGAGUCCACUGAGAAAUGUGAUGUGGUGAUUCAGCAUUUCAACGGCAAGUUCCUCAAAACCCCUCCAGGAGUGCCAGCCCCCACAGAGCCACUGCUGUGUAAGUUUGCAGAUGGGGGACAGAAGAAGCGACAGAGCCAGAGCAAGUAUCCUCAGAAUGGCAGACCGUGGCCUCGGGAAGGAGAGAGUGGCAUGGCGUUACCCUACGACCCUGCCGCAAUGCAGAAUGGGUUCUACUCUUCUCCAUACAGUAUCUCCACCAACCGCAUGAUCGCCCAGACAUCAAUCACACCAUUCAUCGCUGCAUCUCCGGUUUCCACAUAUCAGGUGCAGAGUACGUCCUGGAUGCCUCACCAGCAGUAUGUUAUGCAACCUACUGGUGCUGUGAUUACGCCAGCCAUGGACCACACCAUAUCCAUGCAGCCAGCUAACAUGAUGGGGCCCCUCGCCCAGCAGAUGAACCAUCUAUCCCUUGGCACCACUGGCACUUACAUGACAGCGGCAGCUGCUGCGGCUCCUAUGCAGGGAACCUACAUUCCCCAGUACACUGCGGUGCCUGCCUCAGCCAUCUCAGUGGAGGGUGUGGUGACAGAGGCUUCUCCGCAGAGUGUUCCUCCCUCUUCCCAGGAUGCCAGCGGGCAGCAGCAGCCUCUCUGUGUGGACGGCACAGCCGAUCACGCACCCACCUACUCCUACCAGCCUGCUAAAUAACAAGAGGAGGAGGAGGGGGUGUUUGGGUGACUGCGUUGCCUUGAGAUUGGGGGACUGUGCUGAGGACAAAAAGAAAGACUGAGCAGAAGAUGUUUGGGUCCACCUUUGCACAAGCACCAAACAAAAGAGAGAAUUUAUCAGACAUCUGCACAGAGCAAGAGAAGCCGGUGAAAGCCUACAUCAUGGUCAUAGAGGAGAGAGAUAUGCAGUCGUGGAGUUAGAGUUUAAUGGAUAUCUACAAAUUUACAAGACAUUUUUCUUCAUGAAGUGUUGAAUUUCAAGUACAAAGUACAAAGUUUUCCAGUUCUUUUCUGAAUGUGCAGGUAGGUCUUCAGCUAUGGUGAGUUUUCUAUUAGAGGAAGCAUGAGCGAGAGAGAGAGAGAGAGAGAGAGAGAGAGAGAGAGAGAGAGAGAGAGAGAGAGAGAGAGAGAGAGAGAGAGAAUAAGAGAAAAAAAGAAGUCUUCCUCAAAUUCUAAGCUACUUUUACUUUGGAUUUUUUUUUAUGUUAUAUUUUAGUUUUCUAGAGAAUAUCAAUGUUUAUCAUCUUUGUUGCCUUAAUUUUGAGAAACGUCUAAGACUUUUCCCAAACUGAACGUCUUGUUGCAAAAAAACAAAACAACAAAAAAAAAUACAAAACAAUUAAAGAAACAAAAACAAAAAAAAAAACAAACAAACAAAAAAAAAGCUGUCUGAAAGAACAAAUGGAGCGGGGGCUUAUCAUAUUACCUGUACAGAGGAAUGAGAAAGGUCUUGUGAAGACAUUUUAAAAUAUCAGUGGCGACUUUGUGUUUAAAAGAAAGGACAGUCAAACUAUAGUGAUGUGUUUAAAGAGAGUUGCAUUUUUUUAGCAAAAAAAAGGGAAAAAAAAAAGAAAAUGUUAAAUCACUGCAUCCUGGGAAAUGCAGUUUAUUGUGUAGUGGAGAUCAUUUUUAAUGGCAUUAUUGUUUUUAUCUGCAAUAUUUUUAUGAGCUUUAAGGUGUUUUCAGCCUGCUUUGCUUGUUUCAUUGCAAAAAAAAAAAAAAAAAAAAUCAAAAACUAAAACCAGGAAAAAAAAAUACUGGCAGUGCAAAAGUACGUAGAUAGGAGCUUUUGAAUUAAAAUAAAGCAAAUGUGUGCAAAAAGCAAUAGUAAUAGGAAAUUGUUGACAAUUUCUUUAGUCUUUCUUAGCUGUGGAUCAAAUGCAGCCCAUGGAUGGCAUAUUUUAUACCAAAGAUGAAGAAACCCCGUAGAGACAGUGGAGUAGAUUUUUUUUUUCUUUCUACUUGAUUUUUUUUUUUUUUUUUUUGCCUUCUUGUUCUAGUCUCUGUGUCUCAUAAGUAUUUGUUUGACCUUGAUGGUCAGACCAGUACUUACAUUUGGGGUGGGUUCUGGGGUUAAACAUACUUCCUCUGCUGCAGCUUUCCUACCAAUCACUCAGACGGAGAAAGGGCAGUACUCCUAGAUUGCAUGCGUUGUAUUGACUGUGGUGUCUCCCCAGCAGAUGGCAUUAGAGAAGCUGUAAAAAAAAAAAAAAAAAAGAAAAGAAAAAAGGAAAGUUCUCUGACUCUCAGCUCUGUACAUCACUGUUACAACACCCACGGGUCACUGACUCAAUGUCUCAGUGUUACAUAUUCACCACGGCUCCUCCAAUUCAGCUUUUUUUCUGAAACAACAAGCUUUCAGGAAACGUUUUAAGGGUUUCACGUCCUCAGUGUUACAAACAUGUCAUGCCAAAAUUCUAGUAGUCACGUGUGUGUAUUUAAACUCUUUUGCAGUUUGCUACCUCAGUCUUAAGCAGUUCUACUGGGAAGAAACAGGAAGCUAAAUGUGUUAUGGAAAUGGUAUGGAAUGCAUACUGGGAGUGAACUACCUGACAGGCCACAUGAUAAAGCUCAAUAGAAUUUGUUCUCGUGCCAUAGUGUUUCCUGGAUAUGCGUCCCACUUUACAAAAUGUUCACACUCGCAUCUGUUGAUAACCCCAGUUCUGUUGAAGCUAAUCAGCUACCAUGAAAAAGAAGGUGAUUUUUUUUUUUUCUUAAAUGUGGGAUCAGGUGGUUACUCCAGUGCCUUGUUAAAAAAAAUAAUAAUAAUAAUUUAAAAAAAAUUAAAAAGCAAUGAAGAGCUAAAUCUAAAUAAGAGUCAGAUGUUCCAGGCAAGACAUGCUAACUGUUUAGACCACACAUGCUAGUUCUCACCUCAUUCUUAGCAAAGCAGUUUGCAAGGAAAUCUAAAACAUAGGAGUCGGAAAGAUCAUGUUUAGCUGUUCUACAUAAAUUCACUAAUGAUCAAUAACUAUUUUUUGCUCAACAUGAAGUUUAAAUACACAUAGUGACAUUUCUGCUGUUAGUGAUGUGCUUUGUCUGCUACACAUUGUUCAUUCAUAGCUUCAUGGUUAGUUAUUUUGAGUGUUUUUCUAACAUACCCUACUCCAUAAUGAUGCUGAAAAUUCAAGGAAGUCUUUUCAAGACCCCUUAAUUCUGAAUCGAGAACUUGAGAUACUGUAUUUGCUGCACCAACUCAAUGCUAGUAGUUUUUUCUGCAUGAAUAGUUUGUUGAGCCUCAUCUCUCAUCUUCACAAAGGGCAUCUCUGGGUGCUAACCAGUUUCCUCCUCAGAACGUACUGGCUAACAUCCUAUACAAAUGAGCCACUACAAAGCUGGUGACUUGUACUGAAGAUUCUUCUGUGUUCCCUUUUAUAUGUUGCUAAAGCAAACUGGUAGCUGCUGAUACCAUAGAAUUAGAUUUCUACUGCCAUGAAUGAAACAUUCUCUCACGGUGAUGUAAUUAAACUAUGUGGAUGCUAGGGUGUGGGUGUGGAUGGAGGGGGAGACGGGGGGGGGACUUUCUUCUUUUUGUCUUUGGAAUAAUGAAUAUAAUGGAACAGGUGUGAUGACUAUGAAACCAUCUCUGCCACGUGUCCAGAUGAAUAGGCUACAGUGUGUAACCAAUCAAGGAAAGCUCUGUAACAGGAUAGAGGUCGAGCUUGCUAGACAUUUCCAUUUCUCUCAAUGAAACAAACCUGUUUCUUUUUCUACUGUCUUUUUGGAGCAUUCAUUUUUAUCAUGUAAUUGCUGCUAAAAAGCAUUCAGUAUUGGAGGGCUGCAGUGGCAGAUGGGAAGCGAUUAAAAGACUGACUGCUGCUUUGAUAAGGACCACAGUGCUAGCAGAGCAGCUACAUUCACACCAUGGAAAGGGUCCAAAGGGUCCAUAGCAGAGUAUACUGUAUACACUACAGAUACAGAGGGAGCUGCUCUAAACGGUGGACUUAAACUCACGUUUUGUUGCUGUGUUACAGCGUACAGUAAGUAAACUGUGCUCUUCCAUUCCUAAUGGGAUUUUCACACUGUAAAAUCCAACAGCGAAUUAAACUGUUCACCUACUGCAAAAAAAGGUCACACUCAUUCUGAGCUGCAAUUGAGAUGAUAGAACAUAAAAGUGGAAUAUUCCAUAAUGCCUAAAUUAAUCCCUAAACCAUAAUAAAUACUUGACUUUAUAGGAAAAAUGCCAAGUUGUUUAUUGAGGUGUUUUGUCCUUAGGAUAAAUUAAGUAAUAAACUCAUUGCUGGGUUUUACAGUGCAAUGAACUUGACACCUUAACACUACAAAUCAUAGCACUACAUAUUUCAUUGGCUGUUAAGAUUCCCACAUUGUGUUUUCACAUCUAAUUGGCUGUCAAAUAUAAAGUAAGAAACUUUUCUGACCAGUCAAGAGCUGCGGCUUUAAAACAGGGAAGGUCAUGUUGUGUCAACAGAGAAGCUAUUCACUACGAUCUACCAAAUUUGGCAAAACCUCUGUGAGAAAUUAACUUAUUUGAGAGGAAAUGGAAAAAUAUUUAUGGAAAUCUUUUUUUUAACUGUACAUGUGUUGAUGAAAAGAUUAUGAAAGUGAAGCAAUUCUAGGAUGCUAUUUUUUUUCAUGCUGCACAUUCAUGCCUCCCGUGUGUCCGAGUAGUGAUCCUGAGAGUUUCUGUAAAUCAGUGGAUGUUGAGUUUAAACUUCUGUUUAUUAUUAUGAAUUAUUAUUUCAAUGAAGCUUUCAAUAAAAAAAGGUCAAAAUCUCA